UGCCAGGCGCAGGGGGUCGGUCGGUGUGUGCGGGAGCCGCGGAGACCUGCGCUGCUGCUGUACAGUAGUGUUGGUAGUUGUGUGUACGAGCAGAGUUCAGGGUUCUGGAGACUUUUAGGACUUUUAUGUGUUAUAAAAGAGGCAGAAGAGCUGAACUACACCCCUGGUUAGAGGCGCGGAGAGCCGGUCAGCUGUAGGCGAGCCGUUCCGCUUUAAGAGACUUCAGCUGGGGGAUUGACAUCCAGCACAGACGCGGCUAACGGAGCUAGCCUAGCGAUAAUCUGCCGGAGUAGCCAGCCAUCAGCGGGUCUCUUUCGCCUCACGUCCGACCGGGGGACGGAGAGACACCACCCCCCAGCUCCUGGAGACCCUGACCGUCAACUAAAUGAUCAUGGAGAGGAAGAGGGUGGACUGCCCGGCUCUGCCACCGGGCUGGAAGAAAGAGGAGGUGAUCCGGAAGUCGGGACUCAGUGCUGGCAAAAGUGAUGUUUAUUACUACAGCCCCACGGGGAAGAAAUUCAGAAGCAAACCCCAGCUGUCCAGAUACCUCGGCAACACAGUUGACCUAGGAUGCUUCGACUUCCGUACGGGGAAGAUGAUGCCCAGCAAACUGCAAAAAAACAAACAGAGACUUCGCAGCGAGAACCUCAGCCUGUCCAAGGGUAAGCCUGACCUCAACACAGCACUGCCCAUCCGACAGACAGCGUCCAUCUUCAAGCAGCCCGUCACCAAAGUCGUCAACCAUCCCAGCAACAAAGUCAAAACCGACUUACAGAGAGCGACGGAACAGCCUCGGCAGCUGUUCUGGGAGAAGAGGUUGAAAGGCUUGCGGUCGUCGGAUGUCACAGAAGAGGUUCUCAGGACGAUGGAGCUUCCUAAAGGUUUACAAAGUGUAGGUCCAGACGCGUCAGAUGAAACCUUGCUAUCGGCCAUCGCCAGCGCUCUGCACUUGAGCUCGGGCCCCAUCACGGGUCAGACGUCCACCGCCGCGGAGAAAAACCCAGCCAUCUGGCUGAACACCUUUCAACCCCUCUGCAAAGCCUUCACCGUCACUGACGACGACAUCAAGGAGCAGGAGCUUAAGGUGUACCAGGCCAGGCGGAGUUUGGAAGAGGCCCUGAUGGCUGACGGUUUGGCGCGGGCCGCUGAAUCUGCCAGAGACGUGGAGGGCAGGGCGGCGUAGAGACUCCAGCAAGAAUGCACUGAAUUCAGGAAUUCACACCCCACUGUCGACCUCCUGGAGAUGAUGUCAUCAGUCCAGCCUCCAGAUCCGGACCGCACACUUUUCCUACCCUCCUACAAAUAGCUUCAACCAAGGCCUUUUUCUCUUCUUUUUUAUUUUUGGAUCUAGAGCGUAUAUAUUUUGGAGUACAUAUCUAUAUAUGAUCAGAACAAUGCUUCUUAUGUGUCAGAGACAGAUUUAAAACGUUCGUUUUACACAGAGAAAUACUGAGCAAUACUUCUGGACUUCGAGUCGGUGCAAUCUGCUGGAUUUGUAUUGCUAACUCUUUUUUUUUUUUUUUCCUGUUUUCGUGGUUUUUUUUUCAGUGUCAAUGGUUGUAAGGGAUUUGUUCUUUUCAGGGUUUGUAACAAAUUAAUUAUGCAUUUACACACUUAUGAGUGAAAACUUGCUUAUUUAAGAAAAAUAAUUUUAUACCUUGAAAUAAAAAAAUACUUGUACAUUUUGAGCCUCAGUAUAGAAUAAAUAAAUGAAUAUAUUCAUGUA